AUCAUUAAUUGUCAUAUAUAUCUUAAUCACAUUAGGUAAUUCCAUAGGUUUUAUUUAAGGAAAAAAUAUAUAAUAAUAAACACCAUUAACUUUUUAAAAAUUUAUAUUUUUUCAUUAAAUAAUACAUUGAAAAGGUAAAAAAUGUAUCUUUUUGAAACAAUUUUUUUUCUACAAUGUGGAUCUUUCUGAAACGGAGGGAAUAAUUUUCAAUUAUUGUAAAAUAAUUGAUGUUCUCACUAUUCUAUACAAAAUUUAAUUUGACCAAUUACAAAAUACUUUAUUAUUUUUUAUUGGUUGAAUUAGUUUUAUUUAAUGAUAUUUUUAUGUAUUCAAGAUAAAUUGUAUUAAAGUUUGUAUUUUUUAAUCUAUGUACAAAAUCCUUAAACACAAUUAUAUUGAAACACACGGAGUAGUAGACAUAAAGUUCAAUACUUCAAUAUUGGUAUCUUGUACAAAAUCUAAAACUUAAUUCUUAAUAAAGAAAUUUAGAGUUUUGACCACAAAACAAAAAUAUUUUGAGCAUCAAUCAUUGAAUCUCUACUAGUUUCUCUGGAAAAGAAAGAGAGGGAGACAAAUGGUGAGAAACUGUUUCCAUAUGAAAAUCUUUCAAACAACUCUACAAAGUAUUUUAAUCUCAUUGACUCAGCCUUCUACUUUUAAAAUUUAAUAAUAAAAUACAUUACUCCUUCCGUUUUAAUUUAAGUGUGGUUGUAGAGUAAAAUUUUCGUUUCAAAAUAAAUGUCGUUUUAUAAUUUUAAUGUAAAAUUUAUUGACUUUUUAUUCCAAUCUAUUAUUGAUUAAAAUGUGGUUAGAUGUAUUGGUAAAUGAUGUAUUUAUUUUGAAAAUAUGCAAAAUUAAAUAUUUUAUUAAUUUAUGUGUACAAGUAUAAAACGACAAUUAAAAUGAAACAGAUUGAGUAGUAUUUUAUAAAACAUAUACUGAUAAUGAAGUUCUUGCAAAAGUCUUCUCUUGGUAUUAAAUCAGUAAUAUAUAACAAAGAGACCAAAAUUACAAUAUAAAAGGUAACAUCUGACUAGUAAGAACAAAAUCUAAACUUCAAUAAUUGAUAGAACUGAUUAUUUAAAGAAAAUAAUAAUAUGAAAUUUUAAGCUGUUAUAAGAGCACCCGCAAUGAUGUUACCCAUAGAAGAGUCCUUAAGAAAAGUGUAUUUUAAUUUUUUAAGUAUUAUUUUUUUUUUCUUUUUAAAAAAUAAAAUAAAAUAUGUAUCAACCAAUCGCGGAUCGCCACAUGUCGUGGGGACCCGCAAAUAGUGUAAGGAUUCAAUAAGAAAGAGUUCUUAUUUAAAGAUUUUAAAUAAUGAUUGAAUCCUUAAGUUUUGGUAGGGUCUAUUAAUUAUUUAAUUAUUUUUUUUCUAAGGACUUCCCCUUAACGACUCCCAAUGCGGGUGCUAUAAACUUCUAGAUCUAAAACUACAUCAAAUACUUAUAUUAGUUUUUGUCUAAACGUCUCCUUCUCCAGUUUGACGGCUAUUGUAGUUGAGCUUAUUAAGGACAUUUCGUAUUUUUGUUCAAAGAGGAAAUUGUGCAAAAGUCUUCGCUUCGUAUUAAAUAACUCAUAUGUAACUUUCAGACCAAGAGUACAACAAAGUACAAGAAAAUGACCCAACAAUCCCAAAGUCAUAUAUAUACUUUGACGAAACAAAACUAAACAGUAACGGUGAAUAAAAAAAUACUAGUCAUUAUGAAAAAUCAAACCUUUCAACUUUCCCUUUCAACAACUGUCAUUAAUAUUAUUAGCUCAAAAGCCAUUACCAAUCCCCAAGUAUGACACUUAACCUCACGCGUAGCUUCUUCGCCUUCUUCCCUCCGCCAUGAAAGCUCCUCUCUUUCUCCUCACCCUUCUCCUCAUCCUUCUUCUAAACCCAAUCUCAGCCGUCGAUUUCCUCUUCAACGGCUUCGAUGACUCUCCUUCACAUCUCUCUCUCUUCGGAAACGCGACAAUCGAAUCCAAAGUCCUCACCUUAACCAACCAAACCUCAUACUCAACAGGCCGAGCCUUAUACAACACCACCAUCCGCACAAAAGACCCAGCAACCUCCUCCGUCCUCCCUUUCUCCACCUCCUUCAUCUUCGCCAUGGCUCCUUCCAAGAACGCCGUCCUCUCCGGCCACGGCCUCGUCUUCCUCUUCGCGCCAUCCACCGGAAUCAACGGAACAAGCUCCGCUCAGCACCUGGGUCUCUUCAACUUGACCAACAACGGCGACCCGACCAACCACGUCUUCGGCGUCGAGUUCGACGUCUUCGCUAACCAAGAGUUCAAAGACAUCGACGCUAACCAUGUCGGAAUCGAUUUAAACUCGCUUGAAUCUGUCUUCUCCAACACGUCUGGGUUCUGGUCGGGAGAUGAUGAGAGGAGACCAGUGUUUAAGCCCUUGAAGCUUAACAACGGAAGAAACUAUCAGGUCUGGAUUGAUUAUAAAGAUUCCAUAGUCAACGUUACUAUACAAAUCGCUGGUAAGAUUAGACCUAAGACUCCCUUGCUUAGCAAGCCACUGAACCUCUCUGGAGUUAUGGAGGAGGAGAUGUUUGUCGGGUUCACGGCGGCUACAGGGAGAUUAGUACAGUCUCAUAAGGUUUUAGCUUGGAGUUUUAGUAACUCUAACUUCUCCUUGAGUGAUGGUUUGAUCACAACUGGUUUGCCUUCGUUCGUUAUACCUAAAGAGACAAUCUUGAAAAAGACAUGGUUUGUGUUUGUAUUAGCAUUGAUCUGUCUCUUGGUUUUGUCCUUGGUGGGGUUUGUUACGUUUGUUGUGGUGAGAAGGAGGAUGGAGAUAGCGAGGAAGAGAGCGUUGAUGGAGGAUUGGGAGAUGGAGUAUUGGCCUCACAGAAUCUCCUACGAGGAGAUUGAGUCUGGAACCAAAGGGUUUGACGAGAAGAAUGUGAUUGGUGUCGGUGGGAAUGGGAAAGUGUAUAAAGGUUUGUUGCAAGGAGGAGCUGUAGAAGUCGCGGUGAAGCGGAUCUCGCAGGAGAGCAGCGAUGGGAUGAGGGAGUUUGUAGCUGAGAUCUCGAGUCUCGGUCGGUUAAAACACAGGAACUUGGUUUCUUUAAGAGGCUGGUGUAAGAAAGAGGUUGGGAGCUUCAUGUUGGUGUAUGAUUACAUGGAGAAUGGAAGUUUAGACAGGUGGAUCUUCGAAGAAGAUGAGAAGAAACAUGUGCUUAGCUGUGACGAGAGAAUACAGAUUUUGAAAGGUGUAGCUUCGGGGAUAUUGUAUUUACAUGAAGGAUGGGACUCUAAGGUGUUACAUAGAGAUAUUAAAGCUAGUAACGUGUUGCUUGACCGUGACAUGAUCCCUAGGCUAAGUGAUUUUGGGUUAGCUAGGGUUCACGGACAUGAGCAAGCGAUUAGGACGACCAGGGUUGUCGGUACAGCUGGCUAUUUAGCUCCUGAAGUGGUUAAGACAGGACGUGCGUCGACACAGACCGAUGUUUUCGCGUACGGUGUGCUCGUUCUUGAAGUGAUGUGUGGGAGGAGACCUAUUGAAGAAGGGAAGAGGCCGUUGAUAGAUUGGGUUUGGGGGUUGUUGGAGAAGGGUGAGAUUGUUAGUGGGCUUGAUCCUAGGAUGGUGGUGAUGAGAGAAGGUAGUGAUGAGGCGGAGAGAGUUUUGCAACUUGGUUUGCUUUGUGCACAUCCUGAUCCGGCGAAGAGACCGUCGAUGAGACAAGUGGUUCAAGUGUUUGAAGGUGAGAAGGCUGAGGUCUUUGGGGCUGAAAGUUGUGAAGAUGUUGAGUCAUGGAUGGUGAUGAAGUUUGGAUCUUGGCGAAGUUCGAGAGAGUUUUCGUAUGGAAGCUCGUCGCAUCCGACCAUUGAGCAGGUCAGACUACAGUCUUUGUCUGUGUCUCUGUCGUCUUGGAAUAGCUCUAUUUUGGACGGGCGGUGAUGAUUAACAUAAAUCGCUUAGGAGAACUCAAGGAUGUUGUUGUUUUGGGAGAUGGCCUUACUUUGGUUCUUUCUGUGUACAUACAAGGUUUUGUAAAGGCAUUACAUUUAUACAUGUAUUGUUGUUAGUGUUUUUGUUU